AUGGCUUCGUUAGUCCCCAGCUUACGGACGAGGAUUCCGAGGAUCGCGACAUAUGCUACGCGAACAGCCACACGGUCCUUCACAUCCUCAUCCCGACUUCUCCUACAAUCACCAGGUACUGGUGAGAACCUGCAACAAGCCAAUGUUUCCUCUGCACCAAAACAGACGCAGAAUGUUUCCCAGACCAAUGAGACACCAGUGGACGCCAUGGGUGCCAGAGAUGAGCCAUAUAAGGAGCUUGUUCCUGAAGCAGAACAUAAACGACAAAUGCAAAGUCCCAACAGAGCGAACACUUGGUCGAAAAGUCAGAUGCCGAGAGAACUAGCUAUGACAGGACCAAGAUUUGAACAAACUAUCAUUGCUUCUCAGCCUGCUCCCUAUGCCGCAAUCGACCUUAUUCACCAACAACCAGCUCAAAAGGCACACAAGAAGCACCUCGAAUCAUUACCAUCAACUACAUAUCCUCUAGCGCCAACAAACAAUCCAGCACAAGUUCAGAUGCCAAGCAGCCCCACCCAGAAGGGUGAGAUUCAAGGACAUUAUCCUCAGUUGAAGGGAGAGCACGAUGCAGAAAGUGUAGGUGGUCAACCUCUCCAACAGAGAUGA